AUGGCGAUGUCAAGGAGAGCCGUGGAGACAUACCAAAAUGUCCCAACAACAGACCAACUCAUGAAGAUACUCAGCAAUCUCUACGAUGCGGACACCAACCCAGAUGGCUACGUGAGCCUGGGGAUCGCGGAAAACACCCUAAUGCACGAUGUGCUGAUCGACCACAUGCACAAGAAUAUGAACAUUCCCAAAAUCGCACUUACCUACGGUGACGGGUUUCAAAGACUCAAAAAUGCGGUUGCGCGGUUCCUCACCAAGCACUUUAAGCCCGUCACGCCCAUUGAGCCGUCGAAUAUCCACAUUAGUAAUGGUCUGACGCCGGCUAUUCAGAAUGUUGCGUGGGCGACUGCUGAUCCUGGCGAUGCGUUCCUCUUGGGGCGGCCGUACUAUGUGGCCUUUAAGCCGGAUGUAAGUCGGCGUACUGGCGUUGAAGUCUUGCCAGUUUCGUUUGGGGAUCUGGACCCGAUGGGCGUGGAUGCCGUGCAAAAGUACGAGGAUGCGAUCCUGAAGGCCAAAGAGCGUGGUCAGCGCAUUGCUGGUAUCAUCUUGGCUCACCCCCAUAAUCCCCUUGGACGAUGUUACCCCCACGAAACCCUCGUUGCGUUUAUGAAGCUGUGCCAAAAGUACCAAAUCCAUCUUAUAUCUGAUGAAGUGUACGCCUUGUCAGUGUUUGAGAACAGAGUGGACAAGGAUGCAGCUGCCGUCCCUUUUGAGUCUAUCUUGUCGAUAGAUCCCACGGGAUUAAUUGACCCAAGCCUGAUCCAUGUGCUCUGGGGCAUGUCCAAAGACUUUGGAGCAAACGGUCUGCGAAUGGGCAUCACAAUCACGCAACAUAAUCCAAACAUGCAGGCUGCGUUGAUGUCCGUGUUUGAGUUCUCAUGGACAUCAUCGCUGUCUGAUCUCGUGACGGCCAAUGCGCUCGAAGACGAUGCCUGGGUAGAGAGCUACAUCAAGGAGAACCAGAAGAAGCUAUCAGAGCACCAUGAGCGAGUACUCCUGUGGGCUAAAAAGAACGAGAUAGAGUAUUCACCCGGGAGCAAUGCCGGUUUCUUCGUAUGGGCGAACCUGGGGGCAGCGUAUAAAAAGUACCACACCGGCGAGAUUGAGAACCUGGAUAAAACCGUCAUUGAUGCCCUGUUGGCGAACAAGGUUUUCCUGGCGGACGGUAUUGCAUUUGGGGCCGAGGAACCCGGGUGGUUUAGAAUUAUAUUUACACAGGAGGCGGGAUAUCUAGACGAGGGACUGCGGCGUAUCAUGCUUGCUAUCAAGGGGGAAUAA